AUGAUGGUGAUGUCGAUAGCGUGCGGAGGAAACCACAGCGCGUGUUUGAGCACGUCGAACAAUGUUUACACGUGGGGUUGUGGAACCUAUGGACAACUCGGUCAGGGAAUCGACCGGCAAAGAGAUCUGCGCCGUAUGAAUGAAAGAGAAAGGGAUUCAAUGCAGGUGGCAUGCGGACAGAACCAUUCGCUGUUUCUCGCGACGAACGGAUCGGUUUACGCGUGUGGAAAUGGAUACUACGGCCAAUUGGGUCUGGACAAGGAGAAUGAUUAUGUACGGAUCCCUAAGGAAUACCGCAUAGUUUUCUCCCGUCGUUAUCAAAGCGUUGCUUCCCUUCACGAUUACCCAAAUCGCUUGUGGAGAGACCUUCUCGCUAUUUCUUUCCAACAAAAACGAGCUGAUCGUCUCCGGAAUGCUGGAACUCAGCGAGAGCGUCUUUUCGGGACAUCGCGAUGA